AUGAAAAAAAUAUAUGCAGCUUCUUAUAUUUCAUACUCUUUAUUUCUGGCAUAUAUUUCCCUUAUUGAUAUAAUAUCAUCAGCAUCCUUUGAACCAACGUUAACAGAAAAAUUUUUUGAUGAUGAAACGAAAGUUUGGGAUGAUCAAACUUUACAACCUCAAACCCAUUUAAGUGAAGAAAAAUCUUUAAGUGAAGAAAAUCCUUCAAGGGAAGAAAACUCUUCAAGGGAAGAAAACCCUUCAUGGGAAGAAAAUUCUUCAAGGGAAGAAAGCUCUUUAAGGGGAGCGAGUUCCACAAAUAAUGAAAUAUUACGUUAUGAAGAAAAAAAUCGUACUAUUGACGAUAUUAUUGAUAUCAAUAUAUGGCGAGAUCAAUUGCAUAUUAAAUGGAAUAGUCUUGUACGAUCCUCUAGAGAAGAUAUUGAAGAAGAAGAACGAAUCAAACGCGAAGAAUGGCAUAAAAAAUUAAAAGAAUUAGAUUCAGAAUGGAGCCAAUUUUAUUCUUAUAUACGCACAAAGAAAGGUGUAUGGCUUAAAAAAAAAAACGAAGAAUGGAAUACAUGGAUUAAACAAAUGGAAUCAAAAUGGAUUUCAUAUAAAGAUCACAUUGAUAGAGAGUUAUAUAAUAAUAUGGAAACAACUUCACCUGAAGAUAGUAUAUCUUUAGUAAAUAAAUUAAAAAAAACUGUUGAAGAAAAUAUGAUACAAGAUUUAAAAAAAUGGAUCGAUAAAAAUGAUCAUAAUUUAUAUAAAUGGAUAAUUUGUGACUGGGACAAAUGGAAAAACAAAUUCAUGGUAAGUUGGUCUAAACAACAUUGGAAACAUAAUGAAGAUAUGUAUUGGAAGAAAUAUUCAAAAUCAAAAUCACGAACUGAUCCCAUUUCUUUCUUAAUCAAUGAAAAAUUCGACAAAUGGAUUGAAAGAAAUAAAACAGAACAAAAUCAAUGGGCAGAUAUAACUGGCAGAUUAGAAACCAAAUACUUAACUGGAAAACACCCUGAGUGGGAAGAAUGGAAAAUCCAGAAACAUGAAUGGUACGGUAAAUGGAUGUCAUAUUAUAUUGAGAAUUUUGUAAAUAUGAGAGCGGCAUAUAGACAAUUAGAAUAA